AUGUACAGCAUGCUGGAGACUGAGAUCAAAACGUCGCAGCCCACGCCGGGCAGCGCUGGGGGCAACCCCGCUCCGGGGAGUAACGGUAAAGGCGGCCUGCAGUACAGCCCCAUGAUGUCCACGGCCCAGACCUACAUGAACGCCGCCUCCACCUACAGCAUGUCCCCCGCCGCCUACGGCCAGCAGCCCUCCACGGCCAUGAGCCUGGGCUCCAUGGGCUCGGUGGUGAAAUCCGAACCUAGCUCGCCGCCUCCAGCCAUCACUUCCCACUCGCAGAGGGCCUGCCUGGGAGACCUGCGGGAUAUGAUCAGCAUGUACCUGCCCCCGGGGGGGGAUGCCACAGACCCUUCCGGCCUGCAAGGCAGCAGGUUACACAGCGUCCACCAGCACUACCAGAGUGCCGGGACUGGCGUGAAUGGUACCGUACCACUAACUCACAUAUAAACUUGGCUGCUCCCCCGUCUUAGUCUCUAACCCCACCACCGCUCCCCGACUCCACCGGGACGUACGGCAGUGUUGCUCGGCUUACCAGACUUAAUACUAACUUUGGAGAAAUUUUAAAAAGGAAAUCCGUUAGUUGUGUCCUUUUUUUUUUUGUACAGAAAAAAUAUUUGAGCAAGCUGUUAUUUUAAAGAGCACAACUCCUGCCUUCUAGAAGCCGCUGUGAAGUUUUUAAACCACGGCAACUUCUUUCCUGGUUUCUGCUAGGCUCGGCGCUGUUUUAUUCGCUUAAAAGUUUUUAAAACAUCUUGCAUCUUCCAGUUUGAUUUCUAGCGUUGCAAUGACAUAAAAAAAAAACACGGCGGGCUUUUGUUUUUAAAUUUAGUUUUUCAUUGUUUUCUUAAGUUU